AUGCCUGGCAACAAGCGGGUCAACAAGAUUGACGACAGGAACAUGGAGGCUAGUACGACCAUCAAUGGUAAUGACCCGAGACACCAGUCUGGCAAAUCAUCAUCGUCGUUGCUGGAGGGUGCUGGAGUACAGCGAGUGCCAUUGCAUUCAUCAGCAACAACUGCAGGAUCACCAAUCGCAGCAUCACAAAUCGACCAAACAAUCAUGAGAGAGAUGAUAAACCAAUUGCUUGCUGGAGGGCAGCAUAGCGUUCCACAGGUUGAUCUUGAUGCAAAUGCUCUACUAUCCUCUUUGAUUGAAGCUCAACGUCAAGCAGCAAUACCGCAAAUACUGCAGGUACCACAGAUACCGCAAUUAGGGGCAGCCGCAUCGCUGAAUCCUGUACUGUUGUCCCAACAAUCAGAGCACGCUUUGUCUUCUUCGUUGCAAACGGCUUACCUACAGAACUACUUGUCCAACAUGGGCCAAUCAACGUUGAUGAAUAGUAUUUUCGAGCAGAUCUUAAUGGGACAGCUGGGAAACACAAUGCCUAGCUAUUAUCCUUCUGCAAUUCCUGGUGCUGCUGGUCCUACCUCGAAUAGCCCAUUUACUACUUUUGGUGCAAUGACAACUGAUCCAUCAUUGCAAGGUCUCAUUAUGGCUCAAAACCCCCAACAAGUAUUGCAUACUGUGAGCGCAGGAAGUGCCUCACAGGAAAGGCCGCGAAAGCGACAGAGGCUGGGAUCUGACUCCCCUCCCUCAAGGGUUUUGGCAUUGCCGGAGGACCAUGAAAUCCUUUCGGAGCAUCAGAUUUUUCUGCGCUCUCAAAUUGAAGCCUUUUGUGCCACCAGUGACGAUAUAUCGACGCACACUCGAGGAAGAAACAAGCCAGUGUCCCUUGGACAGGUUGGAAUUCGAUGUCGACACUGUGCACAUGUUCCAGUGAAGCAAAGACAAAAGGGAUCGACCUAUUUCCCAGCGUCUUUGCUGGGGCUGUAUCAAGCAGCACAAAACAUGUGCUCGACACACAUGCAAAGUGGUCUCUGCGAUCAAAUGCCACAUGAAGUCCGACAUCAGUUUGCUCAACUUUUAACCUCCAAGGUGUCGGGAUCUGGUGCUGGCCGGCCAUACUGGGCCCGGGCGGCAACGAAACUCGGUUUGGUAGACACAGAGGACGGGAUUCGACUUUCUUCCCACGAUCAUCUCAAUAGGAGCAAUGGUUCCUAG